AUGUUAACAAAUCGCCCGUUACCACCUCAUCUUACUAUUUAUAAGCCACAGCUCACUUCGACGUUUCCCAUUUCCCAUAGAAUUUCCGGGGCUUUCCUAGCCACUAUGGUUUUGUUUAGUCCUCUUCUUUGUCCGAAAAUGGGUUUGAUUAGCUUCACCUAUGAGAAUUUCUACCAAUCAUCGCCGUCUUUACCGAAGUUCAUCCUCAGCGCCGUCGAUCUGACUACCUUAGCGCUGUGCUAUCAUAUGAGUAAUGGAGUUCGUCAUUUAUGGCGGGAUUUUGCUGUUCGUCUCACAUCUUUCUUGGACAUCUAUCGAUUUGAUAGUUGGUUUUGCUAUUAG